AUGGGUUACUCAGAGAUUCCUUGUCAAAUCUGUGGCGUUAGCUUUAAUAUAGGACGAGAUCGGACUGCAGAUGAAAUUGAUGACGAAAGUGCUUCUUGGUCUAAUCCGGAGGGGGGGUUUGAGCCGGGGGGUGAAAAUUGCGGUACCGAAUAUGGAUGUUUCUUCUAUCGUACAGCAUUGAUUCCAGAACAAAAUGGGGAGCUCAAUAGGCAAAACAAUUUACCUUUCUACAAAGACAAUAGGCCCCUGGCUGAGGACGAUAGUUUGUCGUAUUCCUAUGAAAGUGUAUCGGAUGAUGAGCCUUUGGAGUAUGAUUCAAACGCGGACGAGAGUUCCUUCAAUGACCAUGCUUCUGAAGAAUCUUCAACGCUGGAAGAUCGCAGAGACACCCAAACGGGAAGUAUACUGGAAAUCGAUAACUACGACGGUGAUUGUAGUUUCGACUCAGAUGAGGAAACAAAGCUCUAUCACGAAUGGUUAUCAGGAUUCGAUCAACACAAGUUGCUAAAUCCUCCAAAAGUCGAGAAGAUCAUGAUGACUGAUGAAGAAGCACAAAGUGGGCUGUGGGAAAAUAAAUUUACACAUCUACCAGGUCCCAAAUGCUCAGCCAGCAAAGCAUACAAUGGUAAUUUCAUCACUGCUCAAGAAAUGAGAGGGUGUACCACGGCACAAUGUCUCGUUUACAAAGGUCCUAAUUGGAGCCCUAGCCAUGAUGAUGAAGGUUUCGAACUCGAGGGUGAUGUCUUUCUCUCCGGUCUGGGUGAUCAUGUACCUUCACGGGACAUUAGUGACGUGAGAUUAACGCCGGCCCGUCAUGGACUCGCCAACGAGGUAGAAGCAGACACAGUGAUUUGGCAAAUACCUCCAAAUACACGGGAAGUGGCGAUGCCAUUCCAUCCAACUUGUCUCGAGGUCUAUAAACAUGCAUCACGGCUUAAUUUCAAUCAGACUUCUAUACAAGAUCUAAUGAAGUGGCGCGAUAGGGAGUCCUGCUACAAAUAUUACUGUGAAUUCCCUCGCGACCGCGCUGUAACGCAAUGCAGUGAACAAUGGUGGAACCAUAGUCUCGACACAGAAUGGCUCGCCGCAAACCCUGUUUUCAUACCAGCCUUACCCUCUAUAUUUCAAUCAGCAAUAUCUACAAAUCCACAUUUCUCGCUCAGCUCGCCAGCCUUCCCUAUUCGUCCUUCGAAACCUGGACCCCAACGAUCCCCGAGUAAUGAUUUUCACGAUCCAUUCCUGAAGUUGUCGCAAGAACUUCAAGAUGAGAUAAUAUCAUAUCUUCCAUCCAAAGAUGUUGCCUGCAUUCGGCUCGUAUCUAAGGCUUUUACUCAAAUCUCUCAGGGUUUCUUCUAUCAGCUUGUUAUUUCCGAAAUGCCUUGGUUUUGGGAAAUAUACGAUCCCACGCCUCCAUCUUUCUGGGCUACAGCUUCUGAGGCGGACCUCGAGUCUCGUGAGAAAAGGCGACAAGAGCAUAAUGAGCAAUUAGUGGCAUUGCGUUCGAUUAUCCGGGAAGAAAUGCGUGAAUUUUAUGAUGAAUGGAAAGCUGCCGAGCCUGUGUUUGAUGAGAGUAUUGAGGGAGCGUUGAAGACGGGGUUUGAGGAUGGAAUUGAUACUAAGAAAUUGGAUUGGUAUCAAUUGUAUUUAGGAAUUACAAAAGGAUUCAAGGACGGAAGGUUGAAAGGUUUGCAAAACAGAAAGAGGAUUUGGAAGGAUGUCGAGGAGAUAAUUAGAAGAAUAAAGAAGUAUGAGAAAAUGGGAUGGGUUGACGCUGAGGGAGAUCAGUAA